CGUGGCUAGUACGGGCAGAGAGGGCGGAAGUCAGGAGCACACGCGUGCGUGUUCACUUGCGCUGUGCUGCAGCAUGCUGCUCUGCGGAGAAGGUUGUUUGAAGCACACACACGUUUCCAUAGCAGCACUCGCCUCAGCAGCCCCCGUUUUUAGGCUGUUCUCCCGUCCCUUCGGCUCCUCUGCCUCCUCGCUGAAGCGAGAUUACACAGGCAGCAUAUUUAGGUCAAGGCAGGAGACGCUUGCUAAUGGAGGUGCGGGACGAAGCAUUCUGGGCGUGAGCCUGCAGCAGAGGAGAGUCCUUUGUGCCUCUGGCAGCAGCGUGUGCCUCGCGGUGGCCGCCUGGCGCUGUCCUUCCACCGUGGGCAGGUCCUGAGACCACAGCAUCGCAGCACCGCGGAGCCAGCCUUCCCUGCAGCCGUGCCAGGCUCGCACGCCUGCUCUGUUGGCAGCCGGGCAGCUGGAAGCGGCCCUUCCGAGAGUGGCACAUCUGAGGGGUGUCGCCACCCCCUUCCUGUCUCACACGGGAGCCUGGAUUGUUUUAGUUUUCAGUCAGCCUGCUGCUGGGCAGGACUCUGGUGCGGCAGCCUGGCUCCUCUCUCCGUUCUGGCGCUGGCGACUGCCUGUCAUGAAGACGCUACAGCCGGAGCCUGUGUCUGAAGAGCCGAGGAAGCCGGCGUGGGGGUGGUGUGGAGGCUGCUAGGAGUCGGACGUCCACACCUUGGGGAUGGGUUGCACGACUAGUGUGAUUCUCUUCAAAGGCAUCCGCACCGUGUUUGAGAGAAACUGUGCUUACAUGUGCAAGCAGCAAGGAGAGGGUAAUGCCCUUGAGCAGACCGCACACAGUUGGUCCCGGGAAGACUCAGAGCUGAUGAUCGCCUCCCUCCUGGCAAAGCCGAAGCUGAUUGAGCCCCUAGACUACGAGAAUGUCAUCGUUCAGAAGAAGACCCAGAUCCUGAACGACUGUCUGCGGGAAAUGCUCCUCUUCCCCUAUGAUGACUUCCAGACGGCCAUCCUGAGGCGCCAGGGCAGGCACGCGCGAUCCACCGUCCCCACAAACGCAGAGCAGGAGGCACACAGCUUGUUUGUCACCGAGUGCAUCAGAACCUACAACUCCGACUGGCACCUUGUGACCUACAAGUAUGAAGACUACUCGGGGGAGUUUCGGCAGCUUCCCAGCAAAGCGGCCAAGUUGGAUAAGCUCCCUGUGCACGUGUACGAAGUCGACGAGGAAGCUGACAAGGAUGAGGAUGCUGCGUCCCUCGGGUCCCAGAAGGGCGGGCUCACCAAGCACGGCUGGCUGUACAAGGGCAACGUGAACAGCGCCAUCAGCGUGACCAUGAGGUCAUUUAAGAGGCGGUUUUUCCACCUGAUUCAACUCGGAGAUGGGUCCUAUAAUCUAAACUUUUAUAAGGAUGAAAAGAUCUCCAAGGAACCCAAAGGCUCCAUAUUCCUAGAUUCCUGCAUGGGUGUGAUCCAGAACAACAGGGUGCGGCGCUUUGCGUUUGAGCUGAAGAUGCAGGACAAGAGCAGCUACCUGCUGGCCGCAGACAGCGAGGCGGAGAUGGAGGACUGGGUGGCCGUGCUCAACAAGAUCCUGCAGCUCAAUUUCGAGGCCGCCGUGCAGGAGAGGCGCAACGGGGACCCUCACGACGACGAGGAACAGAGCAAGCUGGAGGGUUCCGGUUCCGGUCUGGAUAGCUACCUGCCCGAGCUCGCCAAGAGCAACAGAGAAGCAGAAAUCAAGCUGAAAAGUGAGAGCAGAGUGAAGCUGUUUUACUUGGACCCAGAUGCCCAGAGACUCGACUUCUCGUCUGCCGAGCCAGAGGUGAAGCCGUUUGAAGAAAAGUUUGGGAAAAGGAUUCUUGUCAAGUGCAAUGAUUUGUCUUUCAAUCUGCAAUGCUGCGUCGCCGAGAACGAGGAGGGACCCACGACAAAUGUCGAGCCUUUCUUUGUCACCCUGUCCCUGUUUGACAUCAAAUACAACCGGAAGAUCUCUGCCGACUUCCACGUGGACCUGAACCACUUGUCCGUGCGGCAGAUGCUGGCUCCUGUGUCCACAGCCCUGCCGAACGGUGGCCAGAGCCCGCCUGCCUUCCCGGGUGCCCUCCUUACGGCCAUGCAGUACCCGAGACAGGGGAUAUUUUCAGUCACGUGUCCUCAUCCGGAUAUAUUUCUCGUGGCCAGAAUCGAGAAGGUUCUCCAGGGAAGCAUUGCUCACUGCGCUGAGCCGUAUAUGAAAAGCUCAGACUCCUCUAAGGUUGCUCAAAAGGUGCUGAAGAAUGCUAAGCAGGCGUGCCAGAGGCUAGGCCAGUACCGAAUGCCGUUUGCUUGGGCAGCAAGGACACUAUUUAAGGACACGUCUGGAAACCUGGACAAAAAUGCCAGAUUCUCGGCUAUCUACCGGCAGGACAGCAAUAAGCUCUCCAAUGAUGACUUGAUGAAGCUGCUGGCGGACUUCCGGAAACCCGAGAAGAUGGCCAAACUCCCAGUGAUCUUGGGCAACCUAGACAUUAUCAUUGAUAACGUUUCCUCUGACUUCCCCAAUUACCUGAAUUCGUCAUACAUUCCCAUGAGGCAGUUUGAAACCUGCAGUAAGUCUCCGAUCACUUUGGAAGUGGAGGAGUUCUUGCCCUGCAUACCCAGACACACCCAGCCGUCCACUGUCUACAGCAACCACCUCUAUGUUUACCCGAAGUUCCUCAAGUACGACAGCCAGAAGUCCUUUGCCAAGGCCAGAAAUAUUGCUAUCUGCAUUGAGUUCAAGGAUUCCGAUGAAGAAGACUCUCAACCCCUGAAGUGCAUUUAUGGCAGGCCUGGUGGCCCGGCCUUCACGACGAGUGCCCUGGCGGCCGUGCUGCACCAUCAGCAGAACCCGGAGUUCUACGACGAGAUCAAGAUAGAGCUGCCCACCCAGCUGCAUGAGAAGCACCACUUGCUCUUUACCUUCUUCCAUGUCAGCUGCGACAACUCAGCCAAGGGAAGCACAAAAAAGAAGGAUGCUGUUGAAACGCAAGUUGGCUUCUCCUGGCUUCCCCUCCUGAGAGAUGGCAGGGUGGUGACGAACGAGCAGCACACCCCAGUCUCAGCUAACCUUCCGGCUGGCUACCUUGGCUUCCAGGAGCUCGGCAUGGGCAGGCAUUAUGGUCCAGAAAUUAAGUGGGUGGAAGGAGGCAAGCCGCUGUUGAAGGUUUCCACUCAUCUGGUCUCCACAGUGUACACUCAGGAUCAGCAUUUACACAAUUUUUUCCAGUACUGCCAGAAAACGGAAUCUGGAGCCCAAGCCUCAGGGAGUGAACUAGUGAAAUACCUUAAGAGUCUGCAUGCAAUGGAAGGCCAUGUGAUGAUUGCCUUCCUGCCAACCAUUUUAAACCAGCUGUUCCGAGUCCUUACCAGAGCCACCCAGGAGGAGGUUGCAGUCAAUGUGACUCGGGUCAUAAUUCAUGUGGUUGCCCAGUGCCAUGAGGAAGGAUUGGAGAGCCACUUGAGGUCAUAUGUUAAGUUUGCCUAUAAGGCUGAGCCAUAUGUUGCAUCCGAAUAUAAGACGGUGCACGAGGAGCUGACCAAAUCCAUGACCACCAUUCUCAAGCCUUCUGCCGACUUCCUGACAAGCAACAAGCUUCUUAAGUACUCCUGGUUUUUCUUUGAUGUGCUGAUAAAGUCCAUGGCUCAGCAUCUGAUAGAAAAUAACAAAGUGAAGCUACUGCGGAACCAGAGGUUCCCGGCCUCCUACCAUCACGCCGUGGAGACCGUGGUCAACAUGCUAACCCCACACAUCACACAGAAGUUCCGAGACAACCCGGAGGCAGCCAAGAACGCCAACCACAGCCUGGCCGUGUUCAUCAAGAGAUGCUUCACCUUCAUGGACAGGGGCUUCGUCUUCAAGCAGAUCAACAACUACAUCAGCUGCUUCGCUCCUGGGGACCCCAAGACCCUCUUUGAAUACAAGUUCGAGUUUCUCCGAGUGGUGUGCAACCAUGAGCACUACAUUCCUUUGAACUUGCCGAUGCCAUUUGGAAAGGGCAGGAUUCAGAGAUACCAAGCUUUUCUUUCAGCAGCCGAGGAGUUCAGUGACACUCCUGUAGAUCUGCAGCUGGACUACUCCUUAACGGACGACUUCUGCAGAAACCACUUCCUGGUGGGGCUGCUGCUGAGAGAGGUGGGCACGGCGCUGCAGGAGCUCCGGGAGGUGCGCGUCAUCGCCGUCAGCACGCUCAAGAACCUGCUCAUAAAGCACUCCUUCGAUGACAGAUACGCGUCCAGGAGCCAUCAGGCCAGGAUAGCCACCCUGUACCUGCCGCUGUUCGGGCUGCUCAUUGAGAACGUCCAGCGCAUCAACGUGAAGGAGACGUCGCCCUUCCCCGGGCACCCGGGCACUGUAGUGAAGGAUGAACCCCUUGCUGUGCCAGCUGGGAAUCCACUCAUGACUCCUCAGAAGGGAAACACGCUUGACAGCAGCCUGCACAAAGACCUCCUGGGUGCCAUCUCUGGCAUCGCAUCUCCAUACACAGCUUCAACCCCCAACAUCAACAGUGUGAGAAAUGCCGACUCCAGAGGUUCCCUCAUCAGCACGGACUCGGGGAACAGCCUUCCAGAAAGGAACCCCGAGAAGAGCAACUCCCUAGAGAAGAGGGACCAGCGGCUCCGGAGGCACUCCGCCUAUGUCGCCCACAGCGCCGCAGAGGACAGCUGCCAGCCAGCCAGGAGAAACCGCGUCACCAUGGACUUCUCCCUCCUGACAGCUGCGCCUCGGCCAGAGGAGACUGUGGCCGCCGCGCCCCUCUGCUCCCCACGGGAAGGACCGGCUUCUCUCGCAGCUCUUGCCUCGCAUCAGCAGAGCGGCACGCUGGGAAAUUCCGUGGUUCGCUGUGACAAACUGGACCAGUCUGAGAUCAAGAGCCUGCUGAUGUGUUUCCUCUAUGUGUUGAAAAGCAUGUCUGACGAUGCCCUGUUUACGUACUGGAACAAGGCUUCAACCGCUGAACUGAUGGAUUUCUUCACGAUAUCUGAAGUCUGCUUGCACCAGUUCCAGUACAUGGGGAAGCGCUACAUCGCCAGGAACCAGGAGGGGUUGGGACCCGUGGGUCAUGACCGAAAGUCUCAGACAUUGCCUGUUUCCCGUAACAGAACAGGGAUGAUGCAUGCCAGACUGCAGCAGCUGGGCAGCUUGGAUAACUCUGUCGCUUUUAACCACAGCUAUGGCCACUCAGAGGCAGACGUCCUUCACCAGUCGCUCCUGGAAGCCAACAUCGCGGCUGAGGUGUGCCUUACGGCUCUGGACACGCUGUCGCUGUUCACGCUGGCUUUCAAGAACCAGCUCCUGGCCGACCAUGGGCACAACCCUCUCAUGAAGAAAGUCUUUGAUGUCUACCUGUGUUUCCUUCAAAAACACCAGUCAGAGAUGGCUUUGAAAAGUGUCUUUACCGCCUUAAGGUCGUUGAUUUACAAGUUCCCCUCGACCUUCUUCGAGGGACGAGCAGACAUGUGCGCCUCCCUGUGCUACGAGGUGCUCAAGUGCUGUAACUCCAAGCUCAGCUCCACCCGGACGGAGGCCUCGCAGCUGCUGUACUUCCUCAUGCGGAACAACUUUGACUACACGGGGAAGAAGUCCUUCGUCCGCACACACCUGCAGGUCAUCAUUUCUGUCAGCCAGCUGAUCGCAGACGUGGUCGGUAUUGGAGGAACCAGAUUCCAGCAGUCUUUGUCCAUCAUCAACAACUGUGCCAACAGCGACCGGCUCAUCAAGCACACCAGCUUCUCCUCUGACGUGAAAGACCUGACCAAGAGGAUCCGCACGGUCCUGAUGGCCACAGCGCAGAUGAAGGAGCAUGAGAAGGACCCAGAGAUGCUGGUGGACCUGCAGUACAGCCUGGCCAAGUCCUAUGCCAGCACACCGGAACUCAGGAAGACGUGGCUGGACAGCAUGGCGAGGAUCCACGUUAAGAACGGCGACCUCUCGGAGGCGGCGAUGUGCUAUGUCCACGUGACAGCCUUGGUGGCAGAAUAUCUCAUGAGGAAAGGCAUGUUCAGGCAGGGCUGCACAGCAUUCAGGGUCAUCACGCCGAACAUCGAUGAAGAGGCUUCCAUGAUGGAGGAUGUUGGGAUGCAGGACGUGCAUUUCAAUGAGGACGUCCUGAUGGAGCUGCUGGAGCAGUGUGCGGACGGGCUGUGGAAGGCCGAGCGCUACGAGCUGAUCGCGGACAUCUACAAGCUCAUCAUCCCCAUCUAUGAGAAGCGGAGGGAUUUCGAGAGGCUGGCCCACCUGUACGACACGCUGCACCGCGCCUACAGCAAAGUGACUGAGGUCAUGCACUCGGGCCGCAGGCUCCUGGGCACCUACUUCCGCGUGGCCUUCUUUGGACAGCAAUACCAGUUUACAGACAGUGAGACAGAUGUGGAGGGGUUCUUCGAAGACGAGGACGGGAAGGAAUACAUCUACAAAGAGCCCAAGCUCACACCUCUGUCGGAGAUUUCUCAGAGGCUCCUGAAGCUCUACUCAGACAAAUUUGGUCCUGAAAACGUCAAAAUGAUACAGGAUUCUGGCAAGGUCAACCCGAAGGACCUGGACUCCAGGUUUGCAUACAUCCAGGUGACACACGUGACCCCAUUCUUUGAUGAGAAGGAGCUACAGGAGAGGAAGACGGACUUCGAGCGGUGCCACAACAUCCGGCGCUUCGUGUUUGAGAUGCCCUUCACACAGGCGGGCAAGAGGCAGGGCGGCGUGGAGGAGCAGUGCAAGCGGCGCACGGUCCUGACAGCGAUACACUGCUUCCCCUACGUGAAGAAGCGGAUCCCGGUCAUGUACCAGCACCACACUGACCUGAACCCCAUCGAGGUGGCCAUCGACGAGAUGAGCAAGAAGGUGGCCGAGCUCCGCCAGCUGUGCUCCUGCGGCGAAGUGGACAUGAUCAAGCUGCAGCUCAAAUUGCAGGGCAGCGUGAGCGUCCAGGUCAAUGCUGGCCCCCUAGCUUACGCCCGAGCUUUCCUCGAUGUCAGCAACACAAAAAGAUACCCGGACAAUAAGGUGAAGCUGCUCAAGGAAGUUUUCAGGCAAUUUGUGGAAGCGUGUGGCCAGGCUUUGGCAGUGAAUGAGCGUCUGAUCAAGGAGGACCAGCUGGAGUACCAGGAGGAGAUGAAGGCCAACUACAGGGAGAUGGCCAAGGAGCUCUCUGACAUCAUGCGUGAGCAGAUGGGAUGGUAAUGACAUUUUUAAUUUUAUUGUUCUGAUAAACUGUCUCACCUAACCUGAAUCACACAAGGUUCUGACUGAGUUUAAGCAACUGUGGAUUUGUGCUUGUGCUGUGGAGAGCAACUCUUAAAAGUAGAGAAAAUAGCCGGAUGAUGGCAACACACGCCUGAAAUCCCAGCAUUCAGGUGGAUCUCCAUGAGUUCGAGGCCAGCCAUCUCUACAGAGUUCCAGAGUAGCCAGGACUGUACAGAGUCUCAAAAAGCAAACAAACAAAAAAGGUCAGGGCUCGAGAGCUAGCUCAAGAGUUAAGGGAACUGGCUAUUCUUCCAGACGACCUGGGUUCAAGUCCCAGCACCCACAUGGCGGCUCACAACUGUCUGUAACUCCUUUUCCAGAGGAUCUGGCACCCUCACACAGACAUACAGGCAGCAAACACCAGUGUACAGAAAAGAAACAAAUAAUUUCUUUAAAAAGUCGGAUAACUAAAAAGAUUAAAUUAUUAAUGUGUAAAUGAUUUAGCACAAAGGAGUGGAGGUUCAUGGGAGCAAACUGUUGGAGAAAACUUGAUCAUUUUCUCUGUCCCCCAGAUUCCUGGAGGAUGGAGCACCUGACAGUGGGCGCCAGGGUCAGGACCAAGAGAGACGGAAGUCGAGGGAGUGGGGCCUGUCAGGCUCCUAGGCUGAGCAGCCAGUGGCUUCAGUGGUUUGCUGUGUUGCCCUAAGCCUCUGUCAGCACCCGUGAGCCCACACACAGAAAGAAACAUGACCUUUGCACAGUGGCCCCAUGUGUUCACAGCUGCGUGGGCCUGUUGUUCUGAGUCUUCACGAACCCAGAGGUCAGGCCUGCUCUUAUUUGUCAUAAUGGGGCUCUCCAGCCUGUAAGGUCUGAGGGAAGGAGACAGGAGAGAACAAAUGAUCAAAUUCACAUGAGCAAAGGAGACAUGAGAAACACAGAUGAUCCAAAUUCACUUCCGAAGGUGUUUUUCGGGGGACAAGAAUAGUCCAUGUGUCGGUGACGGUGAGGGGGGACUCUCGUUACCUAAGAUGGGCAUCUGGAAGGCUCCGGUCAUUAAGUCGUGAUGCACAUUCUUCUUGAGGCUCUCCUCACGGUCUUGAUCGAAGGUAGCCAUUUCUAGAUAAGCACCCUGCCAGAGCCGCAGCCUACCUGUGAAUGACAAGUUGCGCGUCCCUGCAGCACUGGGCAUGUUGCUAACCCGUCUUUCUGUGCCUCAAGAUCUGCCCCCUGGAGGAGAAGACCAGCGUCCUCCCAAACUCCCUGCACAUCUUCAACGCCAUCAGCGGGACACCCACCAGCACGGUGGUUCAGGGGUUGACGAGCUCAUCCUCAGUCGUGUGAUUUACCUCAGGAACCAGUGUGGGGACAUGUUUUGUCACGUGCAAACUCAGGAUGACUUCCAGAGCCAAUCACUGGUGUGGCAAGCGAGGAAGAAGCCAUGCAGAGUGGGAGAGGAGCCUGGACCGCGGAAUCGAGGAGCGGGUCUUGUAGGAGCGGGGGGGAAGGCACACAUAUUUUUUUAAGUCUCAUUGGCAAUAUUUAGUUUUCCUUGUGUCUUAACAGGUCUGUGUGGACACUCUUAAGCUGCAGUUUAGUUUUAUUCUUCUUAGAGUAUUAUAUUAAGGCAGAUGACCUAAUGGAAAGUGUCUGGGACGCUUGUGGCAGCUGCAGCAGCACUGAAACAGGCUGGGGACUAAGCUGGAAAUAUCUUGAAAAUAUUUUUUUCCUGUGGCAUAUAUUGGAUGAGUACAGAACUAUUUUUGUGUCUAGUUUUUGACGACUGAGAGGAUUCACUAUUGUAAUUUUUGUACUUGUGAGACACUGAGGAGACGUGCGCCUCUGUGUCCUGAAAGCAUGAUCCUGCAGGUGGCCGGAGCCAGGGAGCUCACAGGGCCGCAGGCCUGGGCCCACAGGCUCGAGUCAGACCAGCGCCGUCGGUUAACGUAGCCUCCUCCCUGUGCUCACACACACUACAUUUCCGCCCUUGCAGUCCAUCGGCUUCCAUGCUGUUUAUUUGUGGCCAGUUUGUGCUGUGCUCAAUGUGUGCAAGUACAUUCGACCUCACUGUUUUGUUCCUGUACAUAAGAAGUGCAAUAUGGAGAUGUAUACAGUCUUUGCUAUAUGAGGUUUAUAAACUGUUUAAAAAUUUUUCCUCCUUUUGCCAAAAUGGUGGACUAUGUGAUUGGUAAACCCAAAGUCCUAUAGUGAGUGGGGAGAUAAUUUAAAGUUUUCACCAUGUUAUAUUUUCUUUUAAGACUUUAAUUUAGUAAUUUUAUAUUUGGGAAAAUAAAAGUUUUUAAUUUAACUGGAAUCACUGCCCCGCUGUAAUUAAAUAUUCUGUACAUCAGCUGUAUUAAAAAUAACAUCGCUGGUUUUCUGGUAAUAGUC